AUGCAGAUUAUCUCUCAGCAGUAUACAAAUCAUCCUAUAUCUGCGCCAGCAAGUCGUUUUACUAGGCAGGAGCCGCAAAGCCAGCUGCCUCAAGAUCAUUCGGCGUCAGAGUUUAUAGAGGGUGACGACGGCGAUGAAAGCGGAAUGGGAUGCUAUGACGAGAUGCGCAACUCAGCAAUAGAUAACGGGCUGGACGGUGAUGGCAAUGUGAUGACAACCGCAAAGAUUCGCACAAUCCAUAAACUGGCUGAAAGACGGCGGCGACGCGAGAUGAAGAAUCUUUUUGACAUGCUCCGCAAGUGCCUGCCCAUUGACAAGACUAUUAGGCUGAGCAAGUGGGAGGUGCUGAAAAAGUCAAUCGAGGUCAUUUCGAGCCAAGACACCGAGAUCCAUAUGCUCAGGGCACACAUUGCCGCGUCCAGCGUGGUGCCAAACGGCAGCACUGACAUUAACAAAAUCUUCAGCAAUAGUAGCACCAGUAACGGUAGCAAUUAG